AUGUCACGAAAUUCUCUUGAACGGUCUUCAGUUUUUUCUACUUCCAUGAUUCGCAAGCCUCAUGUUACACAAAAAGGGGUUGUGAUUCGUGAAGUCCCUGUACCCGUUUCUCCAUCAUCAUAUAAACGAAGGGAUGAGGAUGUUGCAAAGCACAUAUCGAAAAAGAUAAAGAAGAGGAAAUUGGCUCAAGUUAUACCACCGGAGGUUUCGUUAACCAAGUCAUCUCAUGAGGAGGUUCGAACCUUAGGCAUCCCUACACACGUAUCUGAUACGGAUGUAAAUGACAAUAUGGGUGAAGGAGAUUUGAAUAAAGAAAAUCUAGUGUCAAAUCAAGAAGAAGAAGAUAUCCCGGAUCAUAUGCUUAUGUCGGGGAAGCAGUUCAAGAUUCUUAACAAGAAGCUUAAUUCCAUUCUACAAUCACAAGCUGAUGCAGGGGAUCAGAAUUCUGUUUCUAGUAUUGAAGUCGAUGUGAUGCUCAAAGCACAAGAGUUUCGUCUGUUCAAUAAAGUGAAUGGAUUGAUCUAA